GGAAUGAUGAGUGUGACUGAGGAGCCCUCUUUCAUUUCGUUCUCCUUCCUCACAAAAACCAAAAUACUAUGAUCACCUUUCAACUUCCAUUCUUCAAUAUCUCUCUUCUCUAUUCUCGAAUUAACUUUCCCCACUUUUGCUGUCUCUUCACCUUCUCUCAUUCCUUCACUUUUCACAUUUCAGACCCAUUCUCUCACUCUCCUCGUUGGAAGAGGUUUCGAUUGUCUUUUCCUCUCUCAAAAUCUUUGAAAUUUAGGGGUGUUCUAAAUUUUGGGAGCCUGUGGAAAAGUAGUUACUAACUGAUUACAAAUGGCACCCAAUAAAAGAGUGGUAGCGGCCUACCGUGCAAUGGGAAGUCUUGGAAUUGAUGAGUCGAAAGUGAAAUCAGCGUUAAAGAAACUCCUCAAAGUGUUUGACAAAAACUGGGAACUUAUAGAGGCAGAGAACUAUAGAGUUCUAGUAGAUGCUAUAUUUGAGGAGGACGAUAAUAUGGUGCCCGAAGAGAAAAAGAAAAUCCGGUCUGACGAUGUACAUGACACUCAUCAUUCUUUGCCUUCCUUUUCAAACAACCAGGAAGAUGAGACAGAAUGUGAAGAGACUCAGAUGAAUAAUGAAAGACCCCAACCUUUAAAAAGGCUGCGAUUAAGAGGCCAGGACUGUCAGCCUUUGCGUCCUAUGACUAACAUUGCCACCAGCCCUCCUUCGAAAAGGCCUAAAUUAGAAGAUAAUGCACUACACCAGGGUUCUUCUGGGAUGAAACCUCAAAACAAGCCAGAGUCAUCUGAUGGCAAUCCAAGGAUUGAAGCACCGUUAGUUAGACCACCAGAUGACAUUGUUGAUAAGGGAAAGCAACCUGCAUCAGCCCAAGUUUUGCAAAGAGGAAGAGAACUUACAUCUGGAAGAUCGUCCCCAUCCACACCAUCUAAAGAACGAACAGUUAAAUCGGGGAAGUUUUUGAUGCCAAACAACACAAUACCUCGUACGCAGGCACUUAUCAUACCCAAGGACGAGCCUGUUGAUGAAGUGCCUGACUAUGGAAUGCCCAUUGCAGUGAUUCUUCCUGAACCAUCAUGCGUAAGGGACUCAUCAUUCAGUAAUGGUGUAGCUGGAAAGCAUGUCAACCAUGAUACUGUGACAUCAUCAGCAUUCAGAAAUAGAGUCAGAGAUGAAGAUGUUCUUCCUACCUCAAAUGAAGAAGCCACAUGUAAUGUAGAGAUAGCCUCAUCAACUCUUGGAGAAGUAAAACUUUCUUUGAGCUGCAGCUCAGCACUUUGGGGAUCAAAUUUUCACAUGCCUAGUCGAGAUGAACUCAUAGAAAUGAUGGAGGCGAAAUGCCUGCGUUCAUAUAAAAUUGCUGACCCAAAUUUCUCUGUUAUGAAACUGUUGAUGGAUGUAUGUAAUUGCAUGUUGGAACUCGGAAACAAUUCUAAUAAUGGUCCAGAAGGUUCUACAGGGACAUCCAAUGUUGUUGAUGUGUCAAAGGAAUUACAAGAACCUGACACAGUGAGUGUGGAAAGAAACAAAGAUUUCGACAUCCUUUCUCAUGUUUCAAAUGGAUCCAUCAAUGUUAAUCCUUCUGCUGCAUUGGUUUCUCCCCAAAGUUUCCUUCCUCGUACUGACCUGAUUGGUCUGAAUGAUGCUAUCUUGGUUUCCAAGAUGGACCAAACAAAAUAUGAUUUUUUACAAUGUAAUGUAAAGAAGGAGCUGGAAGAUUCUAUGUCUCCAAAUUCACAUAGUUUAGUGAUUGUUCCACAGCAUCAGCUGACAUCUGAUGAUAUAAGGUCUUUUUAUGAUGCUAUUGACCUCACAAAAGGAGAAGAAAAUGUUGAAAUUCCUUGGGUGAAUGAAUAUACUAAUGAUUUCCCAGCAUCCUUUAACUACAUACCCCGAAACCUUGUGUUCCAAGAUGCUUAUGUUAACAUUUCUCUAUCACGUAUUGGCAGUGAGGACUGUUGUUCAACUUGUAUGGGCAAUUGUGUCUUGUCACCAUGUGCUUGUGCAAAUAAAACUGGUGGUGAAUUUGCUUAUAGUUCUCAAGGCCUACUGAGGGAACAAUUUUUGGAAGAAUGCAUUGCCACUAGUCGCAAUCCACAAAACCAUUUAUUUUAUUGCAAAAUUUGCCCACUUGAAAAAUCUAAGAAUGAUGGUGGUUUAGAACCUUGUAAAGGACACAUAAAGAGGAAGUUUAUUAAAGAAUGCUGGAGCAAAUGUGGCUGUGGGAAACAGUGUGGAAAUCGGAUUAUCCAGCGAGGAAUAACUUGCAAAUUGCAGGUGUUUUUCACUUCAGAAGGUAAAGGAUGGGGUCUUCGUACCUUAGAGGACCUGCCUAAAGGUGCAUUUGUAUGUGAGUUUGUUGGAGAAAUUUUAUCUAUUAAAGAGUUGCACGAGAGGAACAUGAAAUGCACUGGAAAAGGGAAACAUACAUACCCAGUGCUACUGGAUGCAAAUUGGGAUUCAGGAUAUAUGAAGAACAAAGAAGCUCUAUGCUUGGAUUCAGCUUCGUUUGGCAACAUUGCUAGGUUUAUCAAUCACAGAUGUUUUGAUGCAAACUUGGUUGAAAUCCCAGUUGAAGUUGAGGAUCCUGGUCAUUAUUACUACCAUUUUGCUUUUUUUACUACUAGAAAAAUAGCAGCACUUGAGGAGCUAACAUGGGUGAGCAAGCUUGUUAGUGAUUAUGGCAUCGACUUUGAUGAUCAUGAUCAUCCUAUCAAGCUUUUCCAGUGCAGUUGUGGCAGUAAAUUCUGCAGGCAUAUAAAGAGGUCAAACAGAUCCAGUAGAUCUGCGUCAAUAUCCGGAUGAUGAUAAGUCCUUUCUCCGUCGAAGCAAUUUUGAUGUCUCACCGCGCUUUGACGAGUUGAUUACAAGUGGUUUGGUUAGUGGAUGGUAGGCUUUUUGUAUAGAUGGUUGAAAACUAUUUUGGAUUUCUUGUCCCACGAAAGAGUUAUCGUUCAUUUUGGGAUUUAUUUUGGUAAACUUAUUAUGAGGGUUCAAAUUUAGAAAAACCAAAAUGAAGAUUAGGCUGUAGUGAAGGUGAAUAUGUAGUUUAUAGCUGCAGGGCGUGUGGGGCUUUGAUAUCUCUUGUUAAUAUUAACGUACUUUGGUUGGAAUUUCAUGUUAUGAAAUUUAUUAGAA